AUGUCUAGAGUAGGUGUAUUAGUCCUUGGCCCAGCUGGUGCCGGUAAGAGUACGUUUUGUAACUCUAUCAUUUCCCAUAUGCAAACUAUUGGCCGUAGAGCCCAUAUCGUGAAUUUGGAUCCUGCUGCUGAACCUAAUCAAUAUGAAUUCACUAUCGACAUUAGAGAUUUGAUCUCGCUAGAUGAUGUCAUGGAAGAACUAGAGUUGGGACCCAACGGGGCUUUAAUCUACUGUUUUGAAUAUCUCUUAAAGAAUAUGGAUUGGUUAGAUGAAGAAAUUGGCGACUACAAUGAUGAAUAUUUAAUCUUCGAUUGUCCGGGACAGAUUGAACUGUACACACACAUCCCAGUACUACCCAACAUUGUUCGUCAUCUACAAGGACAAUUAAACUUUAGUUUAUGUGCAACAUACCUUUUAGAGGCACCCUUCGUGAUAGAUACGUCAAAGUUCUUUAGUGGUGCUCUAUCGGCAAUGUCUGCAAUGAUCCUAUUGGAAUUGCCACAUAUAAAUGUGUUAAGUAAAUUGGAUUUGAUCAAAGGAGAAUACAACAGAAAGAAACUGAAAAGAUUCUUAAAUCCUGAUUCGAACCUGUUAGGUAAUGAGAUUGAUGCCGAGAUGAACCCUAAAUUCCAUCGCUUAAAUCAAUGUAUUGCCAAUCUAGUUGAUGAUUUUGGUAUGGUUCAAUUUCUACCCUUAGAGGCAAGAAACCCAGAGAGUGUAGCCACUAUUUUAUCUUAUAUUGACGAUGUGACGCAAUGGGCGGAAGCGCAAGAACAAAAGGAGCCCAACGAUCAAAUAGACGUAGAGGAGAUGUAG